AUGUCGUAUUUACUGGACUCGUCCGGUCCGGUCUCGAUGUCGGGUCAAGAACGAGUACAGCUUGUUAAAGACAAUCAAGUUUUGGCUUCAUACAUAUCCAUAGAGAAAGCAAAAAAGGAGGGAUUGGCGCAUAUUAAAAUAAUAGAGUGGACCGUAUUAACUCGAAUCGGACACAGUGAUAAACUUUUGUUAGCGUCCCGCUCUCCCAAUAAAGUAACCGGCGAUGGGGUCGAUGUUCAGGAG